AUUAUCCUCAUUGAAAUUUUGAGAUAGAGAUGCUGCGCCUGCUAACUCGUCCUCUUUAUCUCUCCGCCACACCUUCAUCAUCCCUGCGUUUCAAACGGGGCCUUGCACUCACUUCAAGAACAAUGGCAACCUUCAACACUCCAGACUUCAACAAAGUCUUGUAUGCACCUCUGGCAGAGAUCGAUCCUGAAGUGCAGAACAUCAUCGACAAGGAAACUUGGAGGCAAUUUUCCGGACUCGAACUUAUCGCGUCUGAGAACUUGACGAGUCGCGCAACUCUCGAGGCAAAUGGCUCAAUAUUGACCAACAAGUACUCAGAGGGUCUUCCAAAUGCCCGGUACUAUGGUGGCAAUGAACACAUCGACGAGCUUGAGAUUCUUUGCCGCAAGCGUGCCCUUGAAGCGUUCAACCUCGACCCUGCAAAAUGGGGUGUGAACGUCCAGCCCUACUCUGGUUCUACUGCCAACUUUGCAGCUUUAACCGCUCUCCUUCAGCCCCAGGACCGCUUGAUGGGUCUUGGUCUCCCAGAUGGUGGACAUCUCACGCACGGCUACUAUACUGCCAAAAAGAAGAUGACCGCUUCCUCAAUAUACUUCCAGUCAUUCCCUUAUGCAAUCGACCCCACAACACAACUUAUCGACUAUGCAGGUCUUGAGCGGCAAGCAAAAAUCUUCAAGCCCAGAUUGAUCAUCUGCGGUGCCUCCGCUUAUCCCCGUGACUGGGAUUACGCUGCUUUGAAGAAGACUGCAGAUACAGAGGGUGCAUACCUGAUGGCUGAUAUUGCACACACCAGUGGUCUUGUCGCAGCACAAACACUGAAUAACCCUUUCGAUUACUGUGACAUCGUUACCACAACGACCCACAAGACCCUUCGCGGCCCUCGCGCUGGUCUAAUCUUUUUCAAGAGAGAUGGACCCAACAGCCAGGAUCUUGAGAAGCGCGUUAACGACGCUGUUUUCCCUGCCUGUCAAGGUGGCCCCCACAAUAACACUAUUGCCGCUGUCGCUACUGCCCUUCUGCAGGUAGCUCAGCCUACAUUCAAGGCCUACGCCAAACAAGUUAUUGUCAAUGCGCAGACACUUGCAGCUGCCCUUCAUGCACACGGCUACAAACUGCAGACUGGUGGUACUGAUAACCACCUUGUUCUGUGGGACCUCCGUCCCCUUGGUUUGACUGGCAGCAAAGUUGAGAAGGUGUGCGACCUAUUGGGCAUCACAAUCAACAAAAACGCAGUUUCUGGCGAUGCAUCUGCCCAGACUCCUGGUGGUAUCCGUCUCGGCACAUCGGCCCUGACGUCCCGCAACAUGACCGAGGAGGACAUCAAGGUUGUCGCUGACUUCUUGCACCGGGCUGUGCAGCUAUCGCUCUUCCUCCAAAAGGAGGCUGGCUCUAAGCUUCUCAAGGACUUCAUCCGCGCCGCAACGGCGAAGGGCUCGGCAGGUGCUGCACAGGUGGAUGGUCUCCGCAGAGAUGUCAUUUCAUUCGCACGUCAAUGGCCGCUUCCUGGCGCGGAUGUCAGCACGCUCAAGCGUCCGGCAGGUAUUGAAGAGGGCUUUUAGGUAUUGACGCGUGGAGUGUGCUCGAGUUUAUCAGAUGUUAAAACAGUCAACGGUUUCUUUAUUGCAUAGCGUGGGCAUUCAACAUCGUUCACAUCAGGGUGGGCAUUCAACAUAGUCUACAACUGGCAUUGUAUCAAUAGCUGCUACAUAUUAUGAUUAAUGUAUUCGCAGUUAAACAGUAUUUUAAUGUGGUUCCGUGUCGAGACACGGCUCCAUACAGACACUCGCCGAGGGAGUGUACAUUCACU